CUGACUGCUGUGUCAUUCAAAGGUUAUAACGCUACAGUACAGUUCAGUACACCGUUACGUUAGCUAAUGUGCAAGUCGGACGCCGAGGUUUACGUGGUACGGAGUAGAUCGUGCUCCACCGGAACAUAGCGACAACAGCCUGCGGACACAGGUGCUGACUGGUCCGAUGACCACUCACACGACUGCCGGUGCAGUGAGAAGGCAGCCGUUGCUGUUGGAAAAGGUGAAAGCUCGCAUGAAGGACUGUGCGAGGAAUGAAGGCCCUGAGUAUGACCGCGCCCCUGACGGCGGGUGGGGCUGGGUGGUGGUGUUCGCCGCCCUGUGUAACCUCGGCUUCAUGUACGGCACGGUCAGGUCGCUAGGGGUCUUCUUCGUCCCCAUGAUGGAAACGUUCGGCACAAACGCCGGCACGACAUCAUGGGUGGUGUCAACCGUCAUGGGAUGCUCGUUUGCGUGUGGUCCAGUGUCAGGUGCGCUGGUGAGGAAAUUCGGAAGCCGCCCAGUAGCCAUGACGGGAGGAGUGUUGGUGUGCCUGGGGUACCUACUGAGCAGCUUCGCCACCACGAUCUACCACGUCUACGUCACAGUUGGACUUGUAGUAGGAGUCGGCACGUCCUUAACACACGUGGCCUCCACGUCCAUCGUGGGGCGGUACUUCGACAGACGGCGGGGGCUCGCCAACAGCAUGGCGCUGAUGGGGACCUGCGUGGGGUCCUUCGCUCUCCCGCCACUCUUCCAGCUUCUCAUCAACGAGUACGGGAUGCGAGGAUCCUUCAUCAUCAUCGCGGGGCUGGAACUUCACGUGUGCGCCUUCUCUUCUUUCUUCCGCCCGAUUCGCCUGAAGGGGGACUCCGUGAAACGUACCCGUGUUGAAGAGGAGGAGGGAAAUCCUAGUGAAGACGUUCACACAGCCAGCAGAACAUGCUGUUGUAACAUUAUUGAUAAAUCCCUAUUCAGAGUCCCCGCGUUCUUGGUGCACAUCGGGUCCAUGAUGCUCUUCACGUUCUCGUUCCCAACGUUGAUCUUCUUCAUCGUGCCCCGCGCAAGGUCUAUUGGGAUCGAAGAAUACAGCGCGGCAUUCCUUCUUUCUGUCAACGCCAUCACUGACGUCAUAGGUCGUCUAUCUAGCGGUCUGAUCAUGAGUUAUCGCCCGUCACCAUUGAAACGACUCUGGCUGGCCGUCAUACCUACAUUGUUCUUAGGGGUAACUAGUUUGGUAUUUCCGUUGGCCACAACCUACACGUUAAUGCUGGUACUGUGCGUGUUCUUUGGGCUCUUCUCCGGUCUGUACGUGCCAACCAUCGUAACGCUGAUCCCAGAUUUUGUCGGUAUUGCCAAGCUCCCGCAGGCUCUGGGGACCAUGCUCAUGUUCAACGGUGUCAUGUCUCUCAUAGGGUCCCCUGCUGUAGGCUGGCUCUUUGACAUCACCGGAAACUACAACGUGUCGUUCCUGUUGUGCGGCGGGGUGAUCGUCACUUCCGGCCUCUUCCGCCUCACCGCGCACUGCAUUAUGGGAGACAUGGGACUCUGCAGAUCAACAGCUGAGAGGACCCAGCCUGUGGCACACGAAGCUGAGCAGAAAACUCUCUUAAAAACGGCAGAUUUCCCUCAUGAACCAGUCGUCAUAGAAGUUGAAACCACCGUAUGACAUCUAGUUGGCAAAAUAGUUUAAAGGCAAACAUAUCUCUUUUUAUUUUGUGCACAAUUUAGGGAUUCGUCAGUCAAGCAAUGUUUUGUGUACUAUAGUUUUUACUUCCUGAUUAUUUAUCAUAUUUAGCAAAAAAUGAUUAUUGUAUAUAAAAUUGAAAAUUCUAUUUUUCUGUCAACCCAAGGAGAUUUAAAAAAUCACCUUUUAACCUCCUUGGUCAACCCAAAUAAGAACUUUCACGGAUCCAACUACGCAUGCGCAAAGUGAAGGCCACUGACUUGUAAACAGUUCUAAUCUCCGCCAUGUUUGUUUUAUGCGUGUCCAAAUAAGCACCUCCGUUAGCCAGUUUACAAAACAAUGUUUAGCCGUGUUUUGUUUACGUGUCAGGGGCCUUCGGAAUUGGAUCCGUAAAAGGGCUCAUAUUUAUCAUGUAGUGAUAAAACAAAAGAAAAAUUAAUAAAUGGCAGAACCUGCUAUUGUGUAAUUAAGUUAAUUAUGCCAUAAAAGAUACCCUUAUGUUAGGCAGGAGCCAAGAUAGUCUUCUAUCUGUUCCAUAUGGUACUACAAUGUAGUGCUGUUGCACAAUGUUACUUAGCGAAUCGCAGUUUGAAUGUAUUUCGGAACCACCGUGUGUAGCAAAGCACCAAAGUUUAGAAGGUGAAAGCACAGUUAGAAAGCCAAAGAGUCAACUAACGGAAUGAUAACGUUUUGUUGUAGUCAGAGAGAGUCUUGUUGGGUGACGGGUAACGUUAGUCCACCUUUAUCCGAGGGGGUAACCUAUAUUCGUUAUUGUUAGAAACUGGGUAUUUAGGGAUUCAAGUCGACGGAUGGUGCAACAUUUUGAAAGUAGUUAUAUUGCAAUUUGGUUCAAACGGCCGUUGACUUGAUAUAUUUUAAAAACAACGGAUAUAGGUUACCUCGCGGAUAAAGGUAAACUAGCGUGAACCUCAGCAUUUGGAGUAUUGUCGGUUGCACACUAAUUAAAUCAUUCAGUUGAUCGAAUUGAUAUCAAUAUAAGGGUACAUGGUCAUACGUACGAUUGUAAGUUAUGUGCACCGUUGUGAUAUCUUGUCGCCAUAUGAAAUGACAUUGAUACUAUAUUAAAAACGCCAUGACAUUGGUAAUUCUCACUCAAUACCUCUAUAGAUCAUCGGUAUUAAAAUGUUGCGGAAUACAGUAAAUUGUUUACAAAUGUGCCUAUUGUACUGGUUACUCGCUCCAGCAAAUGUGUCUUGCUUGGUGAGAUGUGGACUAUUUUUGCAGUAGUCUUUAACAGAGAUGUGAACUAUUUUUGCAGAAGACCUGAGCCAAAACAGAUAUAAUGCAAAGUAUUUUGAAGAUCAUGAUCAUAACGGUAGUAUUUUUCUGUACUGUGUACAGUGGACGUUCUCAGAUGCAAUAAAUGUCACAGUAGUCGUAA